AUGGUCCCAUCAACGAGCGGAACUGUUCGACAAUCAAUUGCAGACCUUACAACCGAUAUUAGAGCAACCAAAGGUGAAAUACCACCUCCUUUGGUUGGAAGUUCAACUACAGUGAUGGGUGACGAACUUUACAUAUUCGGUGGAAGAGUAGCAUCUAGUCGACAAAUGACGAAUUAUCUUUAUAUCCUUCAUCUUCCAACCUUGAUGUGGACAAGACAUAUUGCACCUCCUGAUUCAGCCAAACCACCCACUGCUAGAUAUUUUCACUCUGCAUCACUUUAUAAAGACCGCUAUAUUGUGAUAUUUGGUGGUAUGGGAAAUAAUUCUGGGAGACGUACUCGCCAACAGCAACAAAAGAACGGGGAAGAGCAAUUAUACGCACUGGAUGAUAUCUCUGUUUUUGAUAUAGGCACAAUGUCUUGGUUAGAUAUCAAUGUGCCACCAAGUAUUUUCACACCUCAAGCUCGUUACGCACAUUUGGCCACAGUUUGGAAUUCGGAUAAAUUAGUCAUACUGGGUGGACAAGAUAUUGCUAAUACACACAUUAACGAAAUCAAUGUGUUUGAUUUGACAGAACUUGCUUGGGUACAUGGUGGAUCUAUCAAUGGACCUUAUGAUGCUUAUCGUGCUGUAGCAUUUAGUCCCUCAUCCGAAAACGAUACGACAUCUUACGGCGGUAAGACAUCAGACCCAUUUUGGAAGGUGAACACAACUGAUGAUAACGAUAAGAUGGAGAAUGAACAAUGUAAUCCCCCUGUCUGUAUCUACUCAAAUUAUAACUUUAACGACUUGACACGUGACCUACAAAGCUUUGUGCCAAUGAAAUCAGCUCACAAUGUAGAAUUUCAUGAUCAUGCUUCAGAAAUGGCCACUUCUAUAUUGCCUCCUGGUCUUCGAUUCCCAACCGGUCAAUUAAUGGGACAUUAUUUUAUCAUUUCCGGUACUUUUCUAAGCUCCACCCAACGUGGGUUUCAAAUUUGGGCACUUAACUUGGCUAAUUUAUCAUGGACUCAUGUUGAUACCGGUAACAGCAUGACUGGAGGCUCUUGGAAUCGUGGUAUUCUGUCUAAGAAAAAGUACUAUAUACUGGGCCAUAGCCAUCGUGACUUACGGGAUGAUUAUAGCUAUCGUCGAAUAAAUUUUGAUCAUGUUGCUACCAUCGAUCUAGAAGCAUUUGGUGUAUAUCCUUUACCACCAUCUACAUGCUCCAAUGCUGCUCAAGAACUUGGUCUGACCAUGAUGAAUGAACCUGGCCUGUCAGAUCUGACAAUUUGGACUACAGACCAACAGUCUAUCUCUGUUAAUUCAAUUAUUUUAGCUGAACGAUGGCCUGAUUUUGCACAACUUUUAAAGGAGCAAGAUAACACUAAACAUGAAACUCAGGUCCAAAAAAAGCAACUAUUGUUUCCAGAAACCUACGCUGUAACACUUGCAUUUUUGCAAUACAUUUACACAGAUCAUCUGAUUACUGCACAACAACAUCAACCCCAAAUCUUGUCUAGGCUCUUGUUCUUGGCAGAUAUGUACAAAUUAGAAAGACUGAAGCAAUUGACCACUUAUGCUUUACAUCAAUUAUUGACGAUAUCAACAGCUAGUAUGGUGUAUGAAACUGCUACACUAACCUUUCAAAGUGCGCUUCAAAUCAGAGCAUUGAGAAUUAUGAUGAAUGCAAAGCGUAUGCUUUUAGGUCAACAGCAACAGCAACAGCAACAACAGCAACAACAACAACAUAAAGAAACAUCUCAUCAACCUGUUCCUGAGCAAGAAUGGACUCCAAGUGCAUUGCCUCUAUCGCCUUCUUCUAGUUUAUCGCCUCCUACUAGUGUAGCAGCCUCUGGUGGGAGUGCAGGGUCAUUUUAUUCCUCUUCGGAAGAACCUUUAUCACCUUCAUCCCCGCAUGUUUAUUCCAACUUGAGAAGAUUAGCUCAACCGGGUAUGUCACCUUCCAAUUCAGAAAAAGCUCAGCAACAAAGAUACAUGUAUCCUGUCUCUUCAAAAGCACCUUUAUCGCCUCCACUCGCUGUGUCGGUUCCUCGUGAAUCGUGGCCUUUCGUGGAAGUCCUGGCGGACGAAUACUAUCGCUCAUUAGAAACCGUUUCCGUCUAUGCAGCUGAAAUCAUUCCACAACAAACCAACUUGAUUUUGAAGUUUGCACAAAAGCAUUUACCUGCUUUAGAAGGGUUAGAACAUGCCAAACGAAUUAGAAAAGUUCCUGAUGCUAAUAGAUUACAGGUUUUAUUAUGCAUGCAAACAUUUCUGUCAGAAAACGAAUUAAAAACGCUCUUAUCAACCAAUGGAUACGAAGACAUCCAAUUUAGUACAGUCGAAAUAUCGAAAUAUGCACCGUUAAACCGUCAACAAUAUGAAGCAUGGAAUAAAAGCUGGCCUUUAUCCUAUAGAGAAGAUACACGGUUGGACCCCAAGUUCAGUCCAGAAGAUUUCGACACAAUCCACCAGAAUAUGUCUGCUAUUUUAAAGAGCAAGUCAGUAGUCUGUCGAAUUGUGGAUCCUUCAACAGAUCAAGUGAUGUCGGAAGAGUGUGACACAAGAGAAAGACAUCCCCUUCACCAUGCUGUCAUCAAUAGCAUUAAUUUGGUGGCACGGAAAGAGUCUGAAUUGGCCGGCGGGGUAGGACGUAUGAAGCGACCUGCUGAUCAGAUGACAGAUGAAGCUCAGAAAACAGGGUAUCUUUGUACGGGUUAUGAUAUCUACCUGACUCAUGAACCAUGUGCCAUGUGUGCUAUGGCUCUUGUUCAUUCAAGAGUAGCUCGCGUAUUUUAUAGCAUACCCUCAAAAACCGGUGCCCUUGGCACCAACUAUAAAAUACAUGCUCAUCCUAGCUUGAACCAUCAUUACCGUGUAUUUAAAGACGUUUUAAGGGAUGAGCAUCAUGUCUUGGAAUCCAGUCUUGUAGACCAAGAAUUAUAACAAUAAAAUAACUACAGAUAUACAAAUCGUUUCGGCCAAGUGUAGAAUUGAUACUUUAUAAAGCAUCAAUGGGGAUGUUUUGAAUUUUAAAAAGCGUCGUCAUUCGGGCACAAUCUCCGUUUUUAGACAAACGAAAUAAAAAAAAAUCUUUUUUC